GUUUAGAACUCUUUUUCUCUUUACCUUUCCAGUUUCGCUUUCAGUUUCAGGUCAGAUUCUAAAUCCUAUUACUAUUUCUGUCGUUGUUCUCCCACUCUCAACAGUUUAGGAGUUUAGAGAUGGCAGAAUCAAAACCUGGAUUGAGAAAGCCAGUGUUCACUAAGAUUGAUCAGCUUCGCCCUGGGACUAGUGGGCACACUCUAACUGUGAAGGUGGUUAGUACUAAGAUGGUGAUGCAGAAGGGUCGUCCUGAUGGUCCCCAACCUCGCCAAAUGCGGAUUGCUGAAUGUUUGGUGGGUGAUGAAACAGGAAUGAUCAUAUUCACUGCCAGAAAUGAUCAAGUGGAUCUGAUGAAAGAGGGCUCUACUGUCACCUUGCGAAAUGCAAAAAUUGACAUGUUCAAAGGAUCAAUGAGGCUUGCUGUGGACAAGUGGGGUCGAGUUGAAGUCACAGAACCCGCAAGUUUCACUGUCAAGGAAGAUAACAACCUGUCCCUUAUUGAAUAUGAACUGGUGAAUGUUGUGGAGUGAUUUCUUGGGACAUUUUGCAACUUCUGCUGUGUUAUAAUGAGAAUAAACAAAUCCAGCAAAGCAGUCUUAAUAGAAAUAGAUAUUUGGAAGCUAGUGGUACUCAGUUGCUUCUUACAGCUGACUCGGUUGUUCUUGCUCGUUGAAACACUGAACCUAUGAAGGCAUUAAAUGGACCAUAAGGGAUUUGGCUUCCAGAUUUUGCUCUUUGUUUUGCUAUCUAUUUACUUCUUUAUUAUGUGUAUCUUUAUUUACCUUAGAUUCUAUGUAUCAGAGUAUUAUUAUAUGUGGAAGACGAACCUUUAUACUUGAUGUAAUCCUUUCUUUGGCUUCAUACU